AUGAGCUCAACAAGCAAAGCUUGGGCUGUAGCCACUAGUAUUGCAGCUGUGGAGGCCUUGAAAGAUCAAGGAUUUUGCAGGUGGAACUACACAAUAAGAUCAUUACAUCAACAUGGCAAGAACCAAGUGAAGUCAAUGUCUCAGGCCAAGAAGCUGUCUUCUCCAACAUCUACUGUGGUUUCAACUAAAGUAAGAGAGAACCAAAAAGCAAAGCAGUCAGAGGAGUCACUGAGGAAAGUCAUGUACUUGAGUUCUUGGGGUCCUUACUAG